AUGAAUUAGUCAAAGGAGCUGCCAAGCACUGCAAAUCAUUCUAAAAGCAAGUAUAAUAGUCGGGCUCAUACUCAGAGCAGUAAUACAUCCCUAAGCAUUGCUUAGAACUAUAUCAGAAGUGUCCAAUAAAGGAAAGACUAGAUCAGAGCUGGUGUAAACGUUUCGUUAUAGUCAACGCCUAUGAGUUUAAAUCAAAUAAAAAUUGAUACACUAAAGGACGCAAAAUCUAAGUAAAUCCUAUAGAGUAAUGAAGGCACUCCCAAAGCUUUAACUGAGAAGCAACAGCAGAGUGAAAUAUAAAAUACUGAUGCAAUAUCAAAUACGUAGUUCUCAUAUCAAUUGAGCAACAGAUCAUAUGGAAGUUAGUCUAAAUAUUCUUCUCCCAAUACUGGAAUGAAGUCUGCGAUUCAAACUUUCAUGAAAAGCUCGUUAAAUACCUUUCAUCAGAAAAUAUAGAAGCCAAGAUCUUCAGUUACCAACAAUACCACUUAAAAUACUAAAUCAUUUCAUUAAAAAUAUAGGGCCAAACAUGAUUUAGAGAGUAAACUCAAAUUGAUCAAGAAAACUGAUACAAGCAAUACGAGCUUAUCGAGGAUAUUAAGUCCUUUCAAACAGAAGCUUUCACAGCAAUAAUUCAUCAAAAGUUUUGAGUAGUAGGAGAGAGAGCAAUAUUUCUUCUAAUAAAAUUAAUCAAAUAAACAAAUUAAAACCAUAGAUAUCUUCUACUGGGAAUUCAAAGAGUUAAAUAUAGAUAAAAUAACUUCCAGCACAAUAAUCAAACUUGCUCUAGACAAAUUAAGUUAACCCUACAUGCAUAAAUAAUAUGUAAUGAUGAGUCCGGUUAAAGUUGAUAUAUCAGCAACUCCCAGGAUGAAUCAGACAAAAGAGGAGUAAUAUUAGAGUCUCAAAUCUAAUAUCAAUGAAUUUCUUUAAUAAAAAUAGUUACCCUUACUCUCUAAUGAUAAUGAUAUUACCUUUGAUAAGCCUAAAGUAAUUGGAUAUGAAGAUUUCAAAAAGCUACUUUAGCAUUUACAACUAAUUGAAUAUGGUACAAAUGAUCCUAGAUAAGAUUAUACCCUUGGUUAAAUAUGGCUGUAAGAAUUGAAUUCAUCAUAUUAGUGUGAUUUGCAUAAUAUCCUAACAUUUAUUGCUGGAAUCUUGAAUAUCAAUACAAAUCAAGUUCUGACAAAAAAAGAAGAAAUUUAAUAAUUCGAGUAGAAAGAGAGCUGUAUGGCUUUCAAAUAGAAUGGAUUCGGAAAAUUUUUAAAUCAGGAUAAAUUAAAUGAAUGCUAUAAAAAGUAUGAAUAUAUGAGUAAGUUAAGAGAGUCAAAGCUGCCACCACCUGUAUCUCAGGAAACUUAGAAUAAGGAUUCACAGCAAGAUCUUCGAGUGAUUGAGUUCGAUGCCUUAUAAAGCUUAAAUGAGGAUAAAUAAUCUGCAUUAAGUUUGAAUUAUGCAUCUCCAAAUAAAGGAUACUAAACAAUGGCAAAUGGAAAUUCUCCCAAAAAUAAAUCGAGAAGGGCUUCAAUAAAUUCAAGGGAAAAAUCUUUUAGAAAAAUCGAAAUUAAUCUUGUAGACUAUGUAUCCGAGAGGUAGUAGAAGAUUUUAGACGAGCAGAUAAAAAUAUAAAUGAUUCAGCCAAAAGAAAAUCUUGUGAUGCCAAUUAUAUAAAUUGAUUAGUGGGGUGCAGGUAGUUCUCGAUCACAAAAAAAAGAAUAAAAUUACUAAGAUAUUACUUAGCUGCUUGAGGAAUUGAAAAAUGAAAAUUAUCCAAAGAUAGAUCUAUCAAAUAUUUUAGAAGAUAAUGAUGCUCUAUAGGAAGGUGUAAUUAACCCUAAAAAGCAUAAUGAGCGAAAGCAAAGAUUAGGUAAUACGAAAAAAAGUGUUUAGGUUAGUAAAUCCCAUGUAUAAAAACUUGAUAUGUCAAGAACUUCCAAGCAUGCUGAUAGAAAGUUGGCAGUUCCAGAAUCUAAAUAGCAUAUGCUUAGAAAGUAACACACAGGAGGAAGAGCAAGAGAUAAUUCUCCGCUAUAUAUGAAUGAUGGCUUUGAAGUAGAGUCAAAUAAAAUUUCAAAUCCAAAUGAAGGAAGUUCUCAAAAAAAUCUUUCAACUAAAGAUAAUCAUUUAAUUGAAUUAAAGCACCCAGAUCAUUUUUUGAGAGAAGUAUCGAUGAUAACUAAUUCAAUGUUUGGAGAUCUAAACACAAAAACUCAAAAUGAUUUCAUAGAAGACAACUCUUUUCAAAAAUAAAAUUCAAUGUGCUCAAAGUAAUUAUCUGAAAUCAUAAAUAAAAAACUAUUGAAUGAAGAAACAAAUGUUCUUAAGAAUAGACCCUUAUUCUUUUUGGAUGUAAAGAUUCCACCUGAUAUGUCACCUUAGAAAAUUAUAUUUUAUGAGCGAGAUUCUCCAAAACAAUUGGCCACUCGAUUUAUUGAGCUUCAUAAGUUAAAUGAUAAAAUGAUUCCAAUACUCGAAAAAUAACUCAGAAGUAAAAUGGAUGAUGCAUUUCAAUUGAAAAGAGAAUCUAUGAAUCCAAAUAAUUUUAAAUAUGUUUAGACUGGCGAUCCUUUUGCAAAGAAAUACUCUGAGGAUCUUUAGAUAGUCAACAAGUUCAAAGGCUUUAAGGUCCUUGGUAACGCUGAAAAAAGGCCUCUUCCUAAAAUAAGAAACGUAUCCGAUGACGAGUGGUGA